UUUGAAAAUAAAUCUCAUAAUAGAAUGGUAUUUUGAUGUAAUACCUCAUUUAUUUACUGAUGAUUACGAGACUUAUGUUUUAAAAGGCCUUGCGGAUCUAGUUGAUCCUACAAUUGGAACCGAAAAUGGUAUAAAUACUUUCAUUUCAAUGAAAUUUCUUAAUUUUAUCGGUGCUAAUUGUGUCUUUAUUAAAAAAGGUGGCCACGUUUUUAACGGUCCCUGUCAUCCUUAUGGGCUUGUCAAAGUAGGGUUCGACACAAAUAAUGAACAUGAUUUCCAUGCCGGGUAG